AGACAACUCAAAAACAAUUUUGAAAAAAUUAGAAAAAAUUAUUAUAUGUAUCUCUCUCUCUCAUAGGAGAGCUUCCUUCUUGUUUCUCGUUUCCCCUGAGUUCGAUCGUCGGUUUGAGGAUUUCCUCUCAGACUGUCAGCUCGAUGAAGAUUUGAGUUGCCGGAAUAAGAAGCUGGAAGAGGAAGAGCUAAAGGGAAAGUGAAAGAACUGUAGUUGGAUUUUGAGCUGCGUAAAUCAAGACAGAGUCCACCUCAUCUUGAGGACUACUUGAUAAGUAGAUUUGAAAUUCUGAAGAAGAGAUGACAAAGCAUCGCUUCAGAGAUUCUAUAAAGUCCUUAUUUGGGAGUCACAUUGAUUCAGAGAAUGAUGAAAAACUGAAAGGGGCUAAAAUAGAAAUUGAGGACAAUGUGAAAAAGAUCCUGAAGCUUAUAAAAGACCCAGAUCCUGAAGAAGGAGAUGGUACCCCAGAAAGCUCCAAAAAUGAAGUAGUUGCUCAACUAAUUGAUGAUUUCCACAAACAGUACCAGUCACUCUAUGCACAAUACGAUCAUCUAACAGGAGAGCUAAGGAACAAAAUUAAUGGAGAGGGAAAAGAGAAUGGUUCUUCAUCUAGCUCAGACUCGGACUCGGGUUAUUCUUCAAAGGACAGGGGCAGUAAGAAUGGACAAGUGGGAAGUGAAAUUCAGAAAGCUAGUGAUAGCAUUAAGCAAGAACUUGAAACAGCACGUCGAGAAGUUGCUGAUAUGGAGAGGAAGUUGACAGCUAAGAAUGAAGAAAAGGAAGGUCUAAAUUUGGAAUAUCUCACUGCUUUGAGUAAGAUACAAGAAGCAGACAAAACCAUUGCAGAUAUGAAGACUAACAGUGAAAGUUUGGACUUUGAAAAGUCAAAACUUAUGAUUGAGAAUAGUGAAUUGAAAAAAGAACUGGAGGCUGCUGGUAAGGUACAAGCAGAAUUGAAUAGAGAGAGAGAUAGUUUGAUCAUUGAGAAAGAGACUGCCAUAAAAAGGAUUGAAGAGGGAGAGAAAAUUACAGAAGGCUUAAGAACAAUGGUUGAUCAGCUGAAAGAUGAAAAAGUAAACCUGGAGCAAGAGGUAGAAGCUGUCAGAUUGGAAGUUUCCAAUAUGAAAGAGCAGCUGGAAUCUGCAGAGCAGCAUGUGUCUGAUUUAAGCCAUAACCUGGAAACUUCCAAGGAAGAGAACAAAUCUCUCAGCUUGAAAAUAUCAGAAAUCUUGAAUGAGAUUCAGCAGGCACAGAACACGAUACAAGAACUCACAGCUGAAUCAAGUCAGUUUAAGGAGAAAUUGGGUGAGAGGGAAAAGGAACUUUCAAAUGUCAAGUAUAUGCAGGAGGCACAUGAGAAGGACUCAUCUACUCGAGUAAAUGGGCUAGAGGCACAAGUAAAAGACCUGGAACAAGAGCUGGAGUCAUUGCGAUCCCAGAAAAGCAAUAUGGAAGUGCAGAUUGAAAUUAAAGAAACUGAUUAUGGCAAUAUAAUGCAGCAGCUGGUAUCUGCCGAACAGACAAUUUCAGAUUUAAGCCAGGCUCUGAAAGCCACUGAGGAAGAUAAUAAAUCUCUGACUAUGAAAGUCUCAGAUAUUUCAAAUGAGGUUCAGCAGGCACAGAACCUAAUACAGGGACUCAUGACCGAAUCAAGUCAGUUAAAGGAGAAUUUAGGUGAGAGGGAAAGAGAAUUUUCAAUUCUCACUGAGAGGCAAGGGGUGCAAGAGAACGAAUCAUCAGAUCGAAUAAAGAGAUUGGAGGGUCAUGUUAAAGGCCUGGAACUAGAACUGGAAUUGUUGCAAAACCAGAAAAGAGAGAUGGAAGUGCAGUUAGAGAGUAAAGCAGCUGAAUCAAGUCAGUUUAAGGAGAAAUUGGGUGAGAGGGAAAAGGAACUUUCAAAUCUCAAGUAUAUGCAGGAGGCACAUGAGAAGGACUCAUCUACUCGAGUAAAUGGGCUAGAGGCACAAGUAAAAGACCUGGAACAAGAGCUGGAGUCAUUGCGAUCCCAGAAAAGCAAUAUGGAAGUGCAGAUUGAAAUUAAAGAAACAGAUUUUGGCAAUAUAAAGCAGCAGCUGGUAUCUGCCGAACAGACAGUUUCAGAUUUAAGCCAGGCUCUGAAAGCCACUGAGGAAGAUAAUAAAUCUCUGACUAUGAAAGUCUCAGAUAUUUCAAAUGAGGUUCAGCAGGCACAGAACCAAAUACAGGGACUCUUGACCGAAUCAAGUCAGUUAAAGGAGAAUUUAGGUGAGAGGGAAAGAGAAUUUUCAAUUCUCACCGAGAGGCAAGGGGUGCAAGAGAACGAAUCAUCAGAUCGAAUAAAGAGAUUGGAGGGUCAUGUUAAAGGCCUGGAACUAGAACUGGAAUUGUUGCAAAACCAGAAAAGAGAGAUGGAAGUGCAGUUAGAGAGUAAAGCAGCUGAAUCAAGUCAGUUUAAGGAGAAAUUGGGUGAGAGGGAAAAGGAACUUUCAAAUCUCAAGUAUAUGCAGGAGGCACAUGAGAAGGACUCAUCUACUCGAGUAAAUGGGCUAGAGGCACAAGUAAAAGACCUGGAACAAGAGCUGGAGUCAUUGCGAUCCCAGAAAAGCAAUAUGGAAGUGCAGAUUGAAAUUAAAGAAACUGAUUUUGGCAAUAUAAAGCAGCAGCUGGUAUCUGCCGAACAGACAGUUUCAGAUUUAAGCCAGGCUCUGAAAGCCACUGAGGAAGAUAAUAAAUCUCUGACUAUGAAAGUCUCAGAUAUUUCAAAUGAGGUUCAGCAGGCACAGAACCUAAUACAGGGACUCUUGACCGAAUCAAGUCAGUUAAAGGAGAAUUUAGGGGAGAGGGAAAGAGAAUUUUCAAUUCUCACUGAGAGGCAAGGGGUGCAUGAGAACGAAUCAUCAGGUCGAAUAAAGGGAUUGGAGGGUCAUGUUAAAGGCCUGGAACUAGAACUGGAAUUGUUGCAAAACCAGAAAAGAGAGAUGGAGGUGCAAUUAGAGAGUAAAGCAGCUGAAUCAAUUCAGUUUAAGGAGAAAUUGGGUGAGAGGGAAAAGGAACUUUCAAAUCUCAAGUAUAUGCAGGAGGCACAUGAGAAGGACUCAUCUACUCGAGUAAAUGGGCUAGAGGCACAAGUAAAAGACCUGGAACAAGAGCUGGAGUCAUUGCGAUCCCAGAAAAGCAAUAUGGAAGUGCAGAUUGAAAUUAAAGAAACUGAUUUUGGCAAUAUAAAGCAGCAGCUGGUAUCUGCCGAACAGACAGUUUCAGAUUUAAGCCAGGCUCUGAAAGCCACUGAGGAAGAUAAUAAAUCUCUGACUAUGAAAGUCUCAGAUAUUUCAAAUGAGGUUCAGCAGGCACAGAACCUAAUACAGGGACUCAUGACCGAAUCAAGUCAGUUAAAGGAGAAUUUAGGCGAGAGGGAAAGAGAAUUUUCAAUUCUCACCGAGAGGCAAGGGGUGCAUGAGAACGAAUCAUCAAGUCGAAUAAAGGGAUUGGAGGGUCAUGUUAAAGGCCUGGGACUAGAACUGGAAUUAUUGCAAAACCAGAAAAGAGAGAUGGAAGUGCAGUUAGAGAGUAAAGCAGCUGAAGUAAGAGAACUGGGAGAACAAAAUAUAGAACUGCAAGCCCAAGUUUCAGAAUUUGAAAUCAUGUCAAAGGACAGAGAAGAUGAGAUAUCUGCUCUCAUGAGGGAAAUUGAGGAGAACAAGAAUGAAUCUCUGUCUAGAAUAACUGAAUUGACGGCAGAGAUCAAUAAUCUGCUGGUGGACUUAGAUUUUUUACGUUCUCAGAAAGGUAAAUUGGAAGAACAGAUUGUAUGUACAAGUGAUGAAGCAUCAUCUCAAGUAAAGGGCUUAAGGGAUGAGGUCAAUGAAUUGCAGCAGAAACUGGAGACCCUACAUAGCGAGAAAAGCGAGUUGGAAGUACAACUUGAGAAAAAAACUAAAGAAAAUUCAGAAUAUCUGAUUCAUGUAGAAAAUCUGAAAGAGGAGAUAGCAAGCAAGACUCUGGCCCAACAUGGAGUUUUACAAGAGAAAGAAAGUUUAGAAGUGCAAGUAAAGAAUCUUGAAUCUGUGGUGGACACUAUCCGCAGACAGAAAAGUGAACUUGAAGAGCAGCUUGGCGCUAAAGAACUCGAGAAUAUUCAAUGGACAGAGGAGAAGCGGGGGCUACGGGACAAGAUAUUUGAACUGGAGAAAACAGUGGCAGAUAGAGGGUUCGAGUUCUCUGCUCUGCAGGAAAAACUUAAAAGUGGAGAGAAUGAAACUACUGCUCAAAUAAUGACCUUUGAGGCAAAGAUUAGCAAUCUACAACAGGAGUUGGAAUCCUUCAAAACCCAGAAAAAUGAGAUAGAGUUGCAGUUUGAAAGAGAGAAACAGGAACUUUCAGAAAGUCUGGCCCAAAUGGAGAAUCAAAAAAUUGAGUUAACAAGCAAGAUCACCAUUCAUCAGAGAAUGCUGAGAGAACAGGAGGAUGCAUACCACAAACUAAAUGAGGAAUAUGAACAGCUCAAAGGUCAGCUUCAGGUAUGCAAGUUAAAUCUUGGAGUUGCAGAGAAGAAGAUUGAGGAAACAGCAGAGAAAUUCCGUAAGAUCAUUGAAUCCAAAGAUCAGAUGGUAGCUGAAUUGGAAGAAGUGGCUGAAGAACUAAGAAGAGAUCUAGAAUUAAAAGAAGAUGAACAUAGUUCUUUAGUUGAGAAUGUCCGUACAAUUGAAGUUAAGCUCCGCCUGUCAAACCAGAAGCUCCGGGUCACCGAACAGUUACUAACUGAAAAGGAAGAAGCUUUUAGAAUUAUAGAAUUGAAGUUCCAGCAAGAACAGAGAGCACUUGAAGAAAGAAUAGAUACAUUGACUGGAAUAAUUACUAGCAACAAUGAAGCUCAUCGAAGGAUGAUUACGGACAUCUCUGAGAGUGUGAACAGUACCUUGACAGGACUGGAAACGGUGAUCCUAAAAUUUGAAGAAGACUACAAAAAAUAUGAGAAUUGUAUGUUGGAAAUAUCAAAUGAGCUUCAAAUUGCGAAGAACUGGGUCAUGGAGACUAACAAGGAGAAAGAGCAACUAAAGAAGGAGAUACACCAUCUAGUAGAGCAGCUACAAGAUGAGAAAGACAAGGAAUCGUCAUUUAGAGAGAGGGUUGAGAAGUUAGAGGUCAAGGCAAGGAGGGAAGAAAUAGAGAAAGAGAAUAUGAGCAAAGCAUUAAAACAGCUUGAGAAGACGGUCGCAGAGUUAGAACACUUGAUGAAAGAAAAGGACGAUGGAAUGUUGGGUCUUGGGGAGGAGAAGAGGGAGGCCAUAAGGCAGCUGUGCGUGUGGAUCGAUUAUCACAGCAGUCGGUCUGAUUAUCUCAAGGAAAUGCUCUCAAAGGUGACUGUCAGAGGGCAGAGGACACGCUAAUUGUCCGAUUAUUCUACAUCUCAUAAAGGCCGUUUAAACUCGAGUCUUUUGCUUGGAGAUGACCGCCGGGAAAGAGCUUAGGUGACGCUAGAUGACUUCUUCCCCAGGAACGACGAUCUUUCAAAACAAUAGCUAAGACAACCCCCCCGGCAUUAUCAAAGUUUUCUGCAUAUAAUUUUCUAGGGGCGAGGCUUCCUCACAACUAGUUCCUACAUAAUGCAGUAAAACAGAAUAUUCAGAACAAUGGUUUGCUUCAAAGCCUUGUGGAAGAUGUGCACUCGAUCUUGGCAGGUAUUAGUUGGAAGAUAUCACAUGUCAAAAGGAAUGCUAAUCAGGAGGCUCACCAGCCAUCAAAGAAAGCACUUCAUCAAAAUUGUGAAAUUAUGGAUAUUGACUGUAUCAACCCAGUUAUUAGUGCUCAGGUUAUGGCUGAAAAACAAAGAUCAGGUUUUUGUGAAAGUGGAAUAGCUAUAGUACAGUCUGAUGUAAAUGUUGUAAAUUCAAGUUUGGCAAUGUCUGUUCCUGGUCUUGUACAUUUUAAUGUCAAUGUUGUAAGCCCUGAUAAUGUUGUGUCUGUUCCUGAUCUCAACUAUGUAAUGGCUGAAGGCCAUAAUGUUUGUGAAUGAAAUUUGAUGUUUCAAAAAA